AUGAAUAGAAUUUACAAUGUUUCCUCUUCCUAUUCGGGUUCAUCUGUGGUGGCGGGAAAUUUACAAAAUCAAAUAUUAUCGAAUGGUCAACAUGAAGAGAAUUUAAACAUGAUGAGGUUGGAUGGAGAGGAACAGUUUCAAUUCACAAUGAAUCAUGCAAUUUUGAAUAUGAAUGAAGGAGUUGGUAGGAGUUGUUCCUUAAUGAAUACUCCGGUGGUCAACUCAAAGUCCUCUUCGAGAUCUUCAUCGUUUGAGGAUAUACAGGAGGAGAUUGUGCAGAGAAAUUGUGGAAUGACCACGUUGUGGAAUGUGGACGAUUCGAUUGGUUCGAUAUCGCCUCAACACAAUGAAGAUUUUCUAUUCGAAACUAGUCACAAUUCAAGCUCUGGGUCUACCACUGACUCUAUAGAAUCAGAAUUGAAUAGAUCUUAUUGUAAAUCACCAUGUAAAUAUCAACAUACAGUCUACACCAUCACUCUCAAGUGGAAUAAUGAAAAGAAGAAAUUCUGCUUUGAUACUGACAUUUCGUAUUACCAACAACCAACUAGAGCUUCCCUCUUUACAAUGAUGCAAUACCACCAUGUCAAGAAUCAGAUUCAAAAACCAUGCACUGCCAUCUAUAGACAAUUAUUUUCCACUUGGUUCAACAAAUCGAGCAAGCUUGAAUCGACUGUUAAGGAAAUUAAAACAAUGUUGAAAAGAGAGGAAAUGGCAAUGAAUUCAAAUGAAAAUUCUGUGUUCGUUGCCACUUCAAAAUCAAGGGAAACUUCACUUCCAGGCAAUUUUUACCAUUCAGUACGAUUGGGUUUGCAUGGAGUGAAGAAAAAUGUACAACUUUCAGAUCUUGAACCAACCAUUUGUAUUCAAUUGAUUGAUUUUGAAGAUGAAGCACUAAUACAUUAA